UACGCAAUACGGAAAAUACGACACGAAAAUACGACAAGAAAAACAUGUGUAUUACGAAAGGUGGAAAGUCCUUAAAGGCCGGUGUUGACACCGCUAUCAUGUUAUCAUGAUAUCACACAACGUUGGAAUUUUCAAGUGAUUGUCAGUGUUUAUGAAUUAUUACUACAAAAUAUAUCUUUAUAGUAUUCGAAAAAGGUAACAUUUCGAGUGGCAAUUUAAAUUCCUGAGACGCGUACUGGUCAGUAAAUCUUCUGUUAUCUAUGACCGAACAUCUUUUGAAUAUUUAAUCAAUAGCUUUAUUGCUUUUAGAUGCGUGUACUAUCUUAUCGCUUGCAGAUAAAGGCUGAAUAACGUCCAGUAUUGUAUAACGUGUGACAACGUUCGAGAUUAAAACUAGUGUUUGUUGUAUGGAAGUGAGAUAUUGUUUCUCUUUAGUUACGGAACGAUGAUUCAAGAAAGGUGAUAACAAUGAAGAAAUAUUUUGCACUAUGUCUCGGAAUCGGAAUGGUGUUAGCACUUAUACUCAUUACAGACAUUCAAAGCUCAACCAAUCAUCAUGUUUUGUCUAAAACCUACACAAAAUCGGCGUCAUUGGACACUCCCAUAGAUCACGUGGAUGUGUCAGAUAUUAAACGUCAAAUAAUUGAUGUAGCCCUUUAUCUAAAACAAGCAAGGUUACACGCAAGAGGCUCCAAAACAAGCAAAGCACUGAGAUACGCAUGCGAACAUAUGGAUAGAGUACUGAAAAGAUUCGGAACCUCCUUUGAAAACGUCACAAAACGGAAGGAGUAUAAGUCGGACAGCGUGUGUCCGGAGUAUUACGUUGACAAUAUAUAUGGAUAUCGGGUCCAAAAUUGCUCCUACUCUAAACGUAUUGAGGAAAUCGUCACAAUUGUUCGCCUUGAUUAUGGUUCACAUGCUGAUAGUACAAAGUUCUUCUCAAAUGGUUACGGCGGAUAUAUCUCGGCUGUAGUCGGGGACUAUGGUGGUAAUAUCAAGGAGCAGAACCGUACACAUGUCAUACACUUGGCGUCUAGUAUCAAAGAGGGGGAAGCUUUAAACAAGUUAAUAGCUAGAGUGAAAACCAAAUACACUUUAGUUGUUAAAAAUAUGACGGCACUUGAUUCUGAUUCCCGCAUCGAGCGACUCGUACGGGAAAUUGAGAGGCUGCAAGUUACCGCAGUAGGAGGGUCCAUCCGAAACUCUGACUCUGUUUGGAGUUUAGGUUGUCAUCAGAGGGUGCUCCGAAACUACACGGUAGCAUAUGAGGAGGGCUACGACGAGUCCAUGCACGACUGUGUAUUUUGUGAUCACGUGGACGGACCGUUUUUGAUCAGAACCGACAAAUUGAAGCAGGUACAAUUUGAUGGCAAUUUGACGCCUAUGGGAUUAUAUGAAGACUUUUUUAUGAGACUUGAGGGUGAAGUUGCUGUUUGUCCUGAUGCAAUGUUUUAUAUGGACUCCCCUCGCCGUAGCGAGAUAACCACGGACUGGGAGAAAUUUGGAAGAAAACGAUAUCUUUACAAAUUGAAAUUCUCAAUGGGUCUGACUAUACAUUUUGGAUGUAACUACCCGUACCAAUGUAAGAAGGGGAAAGGGUAUGUCAGAUCACCAUGUUGCGUUCAGGAACUGGCAGAUUUAAACAACGGCGUCAUGGAGAUGUGUGAGAAAGCAGGUGUGCCGUGCCAAUUGAAUGCCGGGACACACCUGGGAGCUGUGAAAUUGUAUAAGGUGAUACCAUGGGAGAUUGACGGAGACAUCAAAUUUUGGUGUGAAGACUUCAGGACCUUAGAGAAAGCCGGAAUCACACUACGGUCCAAAGGCAUUAAAUUUGGGACGGAUCGAAAACCUCGGAACUGUUCAGCAUCUGAACAACCGUCGAUUUUAAGUGCAAGUAGCAAACAUUGGCAUAUUGAUAUAUGGGCUACUUCGUCCAUUACCGGUUCCUACAUUCUAAGAUCUCAAAUUCGUGAUCUGACCAGGAUUCCACAUAAUGGACGUUUAGUUUAUGUAAACAAAAACCCGGCUUUAGCUACACGUAAUGUGUAUCCUGGUUUAUUCCGGCACAAACAACAUCCAAGCGAAGGUGGCGGAGGGACAAACGUCCACAAUCGCUUUACAAGCUGUUUAGUGGUUGACAAUCAGGAUUGCAUAGAUAGUUACUAUGAAGAGGGAAAUAUUCAGUUCAAAUACACGUUGGUGUAACAAGCUUAUGCAUUAUCACAUGACCCGUUUUUUAUACAUUUAUUUCAUUUACGCUUUGUAUCGAGUAAAGAACGCCAUAUAUUUUAUAAAAUG